UUCUCUAUUCCUUCCUCAAAAUCGAAAUUGGUUUCUUCGUUAAUCGAUCAAGACAGGAAAAACGUGGGAAGAAAUUGCAGGAAGGAUUGAUUUGAUCGGUUGAUUGAAUACGAAAGCAGAACCGGAGCUUUUCCUUCGCCUGAGAGUUCUGCAAAUCCUUAACGUGGUCGAUUCGUUCCCAAUUCGAAGAUGGGAACCACCACGAUUCAACGACAACCACUCUCUUAUUGGCUGUCGGAGCACCCGUCGAUCGUGGGGUUUCGAUGGAGUCACUCCCAAUCUUGGGGUUCUACAUGGUCCUUCCUAUUCUCCUCCAUAGCCACCUACAUCACCGUCUCCAUCUUCCUCCACCUCUUCUUGGCUCUCUUCCGCCGCAGCCACCGUCCGGUGCCUCUUGGUCCCAUCCCUGCAAUCCACAGCCUCGCCAUGUCUCUUCUAUCCGUCGUCAUCUUCGUCGGGAUCCUCCUCUCCACCGCCUCCGAGAUACGCGACACCCGUUGGUUCUGGCGGCGUUCCAAAACCCCUUUCCAGUGGCUCCUCUGCUUCCCUUUGGGGACUCGCCCCAGCGGCCGUGUCUUCUUCUGGUCUUACGUCUUCUACCUCUCCCGCUUCCUCCACUUGCUUCGCACCUUCUUCACGAUCCUCCGUCGCCGUAAACUCACAUUCUUUCAGCUCUUCAACCAAUCCAUUCUCCUCUGCAUGUCCUUCCUCUGGCUCGAGUUCUCGCAAUCGUUCCAGGUCUUGGCUAUCCUUUCUACCACUCUGGCGUAUUCGGUGGUGUACGGGUAUCGGUUCUGGACGGCUAUUGGACUCCCCAGCGCUUGCUUUCCCUUCGUUGUGAAUUGCCAGGUAAUGUUGUUGGGGUGCAAUUUGGUCUGGCAUGUUGGGGUCCUUCUCUUGCAUUUUCUGAAAGGUGGGUGCAAUGGAAUUGGGGCUUGGAUCUUCAAUUCUGUGUUGAAUGGUGUCAUUCUCCUGCUUUUCUUGAACUUCUACCUGAAGAUGCAUCUGAAGAAGAGAAAGAUCGUUGCCGUCGAAGAUGACCCUUCAACAAUCCAUGCAUGCUCUGCCUUGGAAGCGAAAAGAGAGAUGGAGAAGACUGAAGAGAAGAAGGAUCUUUGAUGUGUAUCUCUAAUUUGGUUCGGUUGUAUCACUGUCGA